CGCUGGUGUCACAGCAGAACACAGAGCGGCAUGGAAGAUACUGGCUCGUACUGCUGAAAGUCACAGGAGUCGAUGAACAUCAGAAAAUGAUGGUGACAACUUGUCGCUGCUUUGAAGGAAUGUUCGGAGACAAAUACACUUCGGGGGAUCAAGCGCACUGACGUGACAGAAUCCGGCUGGAUCCGAAUUUGAAUUGAAUUGAGAACUUAUCUAGCUAGCGAUCGCGCUAGCUUUCAAGGAGGAGGGGGGUCAUCGAAGUGCUGGCUGUCAAAGAUUUAGCUACACUAUCUGGCUAUGUAGCUAGCUGGGUAACUAUAAAACAAACUCUGUGAGUCGAAGAGACACCGCAGCGGGAAAGCACGGGCAGCCACAGGUGGUGUCGCAAUAAUAUCGGGCCUGGAAGGACCGGUUCUGUGGACGCCGAGUGUCUCAGGUGUGGUGUGAGAAAGCCUGACACAGAGCCUCACCUGUGAUCCGCCCCCCUGCGGGAGGGGGGGUCCCAGCGUGCCCCGUCAGCUGGCCUGCAUGUGUGUGGAGGGGCAGGGAUGGGGAACGGGGUGCAGGAACACCAGGGCCCCCGGGCACUGACACAGGGCGAGGUGCUGCCUCUGCCCUCCUCCAGCCAGACUGAGGGCUUCAAGCAGAGUCGCACGGUGUUGAAGUCCCUCCUGUGCGGGGCCUUUGCCGGGGCUGUGGCCAAAACUGCAGUGGCCCCCUUGGACAGAACCAAGAUCAUCUUCCAAGUGUCUUCAAACCGUUUCUCUGCAAAGGAAGCUUACAGGCUCAUCUACCGCACCUACCUGAAGGAUGGCUUCUUCAGCCUGUGGAGGGGCAACUCGGCCACCAUGGUGCGGGUCAUCCCCUAUGCGGCCAUCCAGUUCUGCGCUCACGAGCAGUACAAGAGGCUCCUGGGAGGCUACUAUGGCUUCCAGGGAAAAGCUUUGCCGCCGAUUCCGCGGUUACUGGCUGGGUCGCUGGCGGGAACCACAGCGGCCAUGCUCACCUACCCCCUGGACAUGGUUCGAGCCAGGAUGGCCGUCACCCCCAAGGAAAUGUACAGUAAUAUCAUGCACGUGUUCGUGCGCAUCUCCCGCGAGGAGGGCCUGAAAACCCUGUACCGGGGCUUCACCCCCACCAUCUUGGGCGUGGUCCCCUACGCUGGCCUCAGCUUCUUCACCUACGAGACGCUGAAGAAGCUACACGCAGAAAAGAGCGGGCGGACGCAGCCGUACUCGUACGAGCGGCUGGCCUUCGGGGCGUGCGCGGGCCUGAUCGGCCAGUCGGCCUCCUACCCGCUGGACGUGGUGCGGCGCCGCAUGCAGACCGCGGGCGUGACGGGCCACACCUACGGCACCAUCACGGGCACCAUGCGGGAGAUCGUGGCCGAGGAGGGGCUCAUCCGGGGGCUGUACAAGGGCCUGAGCAUGAACUGGGUCAAGGGCCCCAUCGCUGUGGGGAUCAGCUUCACGACCUUCGACCUCACGCAGAUCCUCCUGCGCAAGCUGCAGCAGCGUGGGUACUUCCCCUGACGGCCAGCAGGGGGCUGCAGAGAGGAGGACUCGCAGCGGGGUAUCGUGAAACAGCAGGGAGGCAGGGACGGAGGAGUGGCCCCGCCUCUGCGGUGCUGGCAGGUCUGCGCCCUGGGAGG